AUGUUGAAGGAAUUGGCGCUCUUUUCAUUUGCUGCUGUAGGAGCCAUGGCAGCUCCACAGCAGCUACCUUCUAGUAACCUAUCCUGGUACGCCGAUAUGGAUCAUACAGGCGACUUUAGCGGCAAAGCCCCCUAUGCUGCUGACUCCUACCAAGUAUUCAAGAAAGUUGCUCCUGGUGUUGGUAGCGCCAUACAGGAUGCUAUUGAUUCUGGCAACCGUCACAGUCAGUGGCUCGCAUCGGAACCGCGAGUUGUUUAUCUCCCUCCUGGAACAUACGAAGUUUACAAGACUAUCAAUCUUCGAACAGACACUAUACUCAUGGGAAACCCGGCCAAUCCUCCUGUCAUCAAACCAGCUGCUGGAUUCAACGGCACCACUCUCAUCAAUGGUAAAGAUCCAUCCGUUGCCGAAGUUGGUGAAAUUUCUUUCUCUGUUGGUAUGAAGAAUAUCAUUCUCGACACUACCACCAUUGAUGCCAACCGUGAAUUCACGGCUCUGUAUUGGGGUGUUGCUCAGGUUUGUCAGCUGUCAAACAUCCACAUCAAGAUGCCGACAGCUGGGGCAACAUCUGGACACUCUGGCAUCAGACUUGGACGUGGAUCUACUCUCGGUCUUGCAGAUAUUCGUGUCGAGAACGGCCUGGCUUUCUACAAGAGCGUCAGCUUCAUCCGUAAUAGGGUUGGAAUGCGGAUCGACGGCGGUAACACUAUUACCAUCUUGAAUCCCACAUUUGACACCGUUGGUACACCUGUGAAGCAUGUCUCAGGCGCCCCAUUCGUGGGUAUCGUCGACGCAAAGUCGGUAAACUCGGGCAUCACGUUCGAGUCUUCGGGCUAUCCAUCACUUCUUAUCGAGAACCUGGAAAAGGACACGGACUCUGAUAUCGUGAAGUUGCCCAGCGGUGUGGCUUUGGGAAAAGCUAGCCACGUCGACACCUUCACGUACGGAAACACAGUUGGUCGAAGCCCUGUGUACGGCGGGGAAACGACUAGUGUCAGACGUCCUGAAGCUAUUGCUCCCGGUGGUCGAAUUCCUGCCGUUGCGGCUCCUACAUAUGCAGACCGUUCAAUUGGUGACUUUAUGAACAUCAAGGAUCCCAAGCAGAAUGGAGGCCAAAACAUCAAAGGUGACGGCAAGACGAACGAGGUCGAAGCUCUGACCGCUGCCCUCAAAUAUGCAGUUCAGAACAACAAGAUCGCCUACUUUCCGUUUGGAGACUAUCGCGUUGAGUCAACCCUUCUUGUUCCUGUCGGUUCUCGUAUCGUCGGCGAGGGCUGGGCCACAAUUUCAGCUGCUGGUGACUUUUUCAAGAAGGCCGACGCUCCCAAGCCGGUAGUGCAGAUCGGUGCUCCCGGUGAUGUCGGUACGAUUGAAGUACAGGAUAUGCGGUUUACUGUUGCCGAUGUGCUUCCUGGGGCUAUCAUCCUUGAGUUCAACGCUGCUGGUAGUAAGCCUGGCGAUGUGGCACUCUGGAACUCGAUGAUUACAGUUGGUGGCACAUUAGGCGCACAAGGCCUAACCGAUAACUGCGGCGACGCCUCGAACCCUUGCCAGGGUGCUUACAUCGGUAUGCACUUCACCAAGGAUUCUUCAGCCUACGUGGAGAACGUGUGGAACUGGGUGGCUGACCACAUCACUGAGGGUUUCAACGGUGGAUCAAGCAUCGCUGCUAAGGGCGGUGCGCUUGUCGAAUCGACAAAGGGCACAUGGCUACACGCUUUGGGCAGCGAACACUGGUGGCUGUACCAGCUUAAUCUGCGCGAUGCGUCCAACGUGGUUGUCAGCAUGCUCCAGACAGAGACGAACUACGAGCAAGGCGCAAAGGCGAAGAAACUUUUGCCAAGCCCAUGGAAUCCUGACCAGACUGGCUGGGGAGAUCCAGAUUACGCCUGGUGUGGUAAAGACGACGGGUCCUGUCGAAUGGGUUUGUCUAAUUAUGUUAACGGCGGAUCCAACGUUUACUACUAUGGUUCAGCUUCGUGGGCCUUUUUUAAUGGUCCUGGAUACCAGAGAUGUGAAGACGAGAUGAAGUGUCAACAAUCUAUCCACUGGAUCGCAAAGACGCCGGAGAACUUGCAAAGUUUUGGCUGGUGCGCUAAGGCUUCCAAGGUUGCUCUGCGACUGGGUAAUGGCGACAACGUUAUGACUCAGCCAGAUUUCACAGGCUCUUGGGGAAGUCUUGUCGGACGUUACACUCCGUAG